AUCGACCUGACCAAAUCGAUCAACCAUGAGCAACAAGGCGGCAGCGAAGAAAGCAGCGCAGGAACUUCUGGAGCUGUGCAAGAAGGAUGGAGUGCACUUGCCCACAGACGCUAUGAACGCUAUGAUCCAGGCUGGCACGAUGCUGAAUGCCACUCGUGCGGAUGGUGAGUACAACCUGACGGCGGCGUUAGCUGCAAUGGUUGAAAAAUUUGGCGCCACCAAGCCAGAGCCCGAGACGAAGAAGCGAAAAGCAUCAGGUGGGAAGAAAUCCACUAAGGGGAGCGACGAAAGUGUCAAGGAUGAAGCACAAGAUGCCAGUGACGGUGGCGAAGCUUCCCCUGUCGCCAAGAAGAAGAAAAGCGUCGCGCAAGCCACGAACACUAAGAACCAAGCGUUGGCUGAGGCGUUUUCGGACCUGGCAGGGUUUGAAUUUAAGAAAGGCGAUCGGUUCAAAGGCGGGUCGUACUCGAAGGUCGCGAAAGCAAUCCGUGAUGCAGAAGACGCCCUCACGUCAGGGAAACAAGCGAUGAAGCUCAAGGGCGUCGGCAAAGCCAGCGCGACCAAGAUCGACGAAUUCCUUGAAACAGGCAAAAUCGAAAAGCUCGAAGAGUACCGGGCAGGCAACAUGUAAUUGCGUGAAUGGGGUAUUUCGUUACGUCAUCGUGACGUGCGUUGGCGAG